AAUGUUAGUCUACAUAAGUGUAUAUUUAUUUCUCAAGCAAAUUUUAUUCAAUUAUGUGUUGAAAACAUAUUUUAUAGAGACAAUGGACUGUUAUGGGUCACAUUAAAACUAACUCCAGAAGAGAAAGAGCAGUAUGAAGCAAAGAGUAUAAGGGAAAACUCAACCAUGCUUUUAAAAUAUAAUCUAAAUUUAAAAACUUCAGAAAUUCACAAUAAGCUAUGGACAGAUUGUAAAAUAAAUAACUGUGCAAAUUAUAGAGUAGUACCCAUCACUUACUCACCAUAUAUACAUGGUAAUACUGCUUUAGUUAGUGAGAAUGAGUUUUUUAACAUAAUAUCAUGUUUGGGUAUAAGCAAUAUUGAUAAUCUUGGAGUUUCUCUACAUCCAAUGCCUACAUUUGAAUGUUCUCCAAAAAUAGCAUCUGCUGCAGAAGUGUGCCUCAUUGUGAAUGAUUUCGAUCUAUCAAAUGACUUUGUUAAAGAGAUCCUAAGCAAUUAUUUUGAAGAACCAAGAUUAGUAAGCGAAAAUGACUUAAUCACUAUAGAGUUGAGUCCAUUGAUAAUGGCUAAAUAUCAUUACAAAUAUCUAGAUUUAGUUGAGACAUUGGGAAUGUUACAUUUCAAAUGUGUAAAGAUUAGCAGCGACAUAAACACAACAACAAAUACCCAAAGUAUGAAGACCAUUGAAAAUGUUGUAAAAGCUUUUUAUAUUGUAAAAGGAGUUACACAAUUAACUUUGGGAGAAAACAUACACUCAAUGAAGCCAAAAUCUAGAUAUUUUAAGCUACAGAAUACUGAUAAUCAUUUGAAUUUGCUGCAUUCAUGUCCCACAGGCCUUAGAUCAAAGUUUGACCAAAUACAAGAGGCAGUAUAUCCAUUUUUGACAGGAGAAAUAAAUGAAUUGUCAUCAUCUCUAUCCAGCCCCAUAAUUCCUAUGUUCCUAGUAACUGGCUCUAUUGGUUCUGGUCGACAUUUACUGAUUAAAACGUUAGCAAAAUACAAUGGAGUGAAUUGUUUGCAAGCUGACUGCAAUGCUUUACAGAGCUCAACAGCAAAGCAGACUGAGAGUAAAAUUAAUCAAACUAUACAAAAAGCUAAAGCCGCUGCGCCCGCUAUUGUACUACUUGAUAAUUUUGAGGUAUUUGCAGUUGAUCCAGAGAAUAAUGAGGACCAUAGAGUAAUAGAAUAUUUUAUGAAUUCAAUAACUGAUUUGUAUGAAAACUAUACAAAACAUUCAAUAAUAUUUGUAGCGAUCACAGAUAAGAUUGAUUUGAAACCAAAUAUAAUGAGAAUGUUUCUAGAUAAAUUUCACUUGCCGAGACUAAAUGUUGAAAAACGAUAUGAAAUGUUACAAUGGUUUGCUGCAGUAAUGCAACUUAAAAUCAGUGAAAAUGACGCACAGACUAAAUCAACCCAUAGUGUUAAUAUAGAAGAGUUGUCUGAUUCAACUCUAAGCAAACAUUCAAAAGAAAUUCUACAACGAGUGGCUUCUAAAACUGAAACUUUUGUCUAUGGUGAUUUAGAUACACUAGUACACUUUGCUCUCAGAGAAUCAUAUAUAAAACAACAUAAUCAUAGUCAAUUGGUGCAGGAUCCUGAUCUACAGGUUUUGAACGAAGAGGAUUUUAAUUCAGCAUUGGAACAAAUCAGAAGCCUUCAAAGUCAGCAUUUGGAUGCACCGAAAAUACCAAAAGUUUAUUGGGACGAUAUAGGUGGUUUGGAGAAACUUAAAAAAGAACUUCUAAAAACUAUAGAGUUCCCAAUAAAAUUUCCACAUUUGUUUAAAAAUUCUUCAUUAAAACGAUCAGGUAUAUUAUUGUAUGGUCCGCCUGGAUGUGGCAAAACUCUUGUAGCUAAAGCGGUCAGUACCGAACUAAACGUCAGCUUCCUGAGUGUUAAAGGACCUGAGUUACUCAAUAUGUACAUUGGACAAUCUGAAGAGAAUGUUAGAAAAGUGUUUGAGUCUGCGCGUGCGUCAUCGCCGUGUAUAGUAUUUUUGGAUGAGUUGGAUGCGCUAGCUCCGCGGCGAGGCGCAGCAGGCGACUCGGGCGGCGCCAGUGACAGGGUCGUCAGCCAGCUGCUCGCUGAACUGGAUGGUGUCACCAAUGGAGAAGAUGCAGAAACAUCGAGCUUCGUAUUUAUAAUGGGUGCUACAAACCGUCCUGAUCUAUUGGAGCAAUCGUUGCUGCGGCCCGGACGUUUGGAUAAACUGAUAUACGUCGGCCCCUAUUCCGGCACCCAGGAGAAGACCUCAGUGCUGACUGCCUUGUGUAGGAGUUACAAGUUGCGUGGAGAAGUGAAGCUGUGCUCUGUGGCGGAGGCGCUGCCGGACCGCUGCACUGGCGCAGACCUCAUGCAAGUGGUGAGCACCGCGCGUAGUGCCGCAGUGCGGGGUCUCGUUCAUAAGAUUAAUACUGGAUUGGUCAAGGAAACCGAUUUAAGCCCUGACUCUAUAAUUCUUGGGGUUUCCGAACUAUGGCAGGGUGUGGAAUCAUUCCGUCCGUCGGUGACUGAAGAGGAACUGGCAUAUUAUGAAUCACUGCAAUACCAGAUGUAAUAUGAGUGGACCUAUUCCAUUCCCGGGUUGUUGGUUAAAAACCAGAUGAAUAAUAAGUCUAUUAAAAGACAAAACUGUG